UUGGAUAAUGGCAUUGACAAUUCGAUUUUACGAAAAUGAGAAGAGGACUCGGAUGCUGUUUUCAUCAUUUAAACUGCGAAGAAAUUAAAUCGAUGCAAAAUAUCGUGAUUUUAAAAUAAAGUGUUUCGAAACAUAGAUCACGAUGAAUCCUAUGACCAAUGUAAAGAACGUGUUAAAACUAAGCAAGCAAGAACUAGCCGGCAACUCCAAAUCUUCGUGGCACGAUCAGUACAAAGACAGUGCGUGGUUAUUUGUCGGCGGUCUUCCGUAUGACUUGACCGAGGGAGAUAUCAUUUGUGUGUUUUCACAAUACGGCGAAGUGGUUAAUAUAAACCUAGUAAGAGACAAAGCUACUGGUAAAUCAAGGGGUUUCGCAUUUAUAUGCUAUGAAGAUCAACGUUCGACUAUCCUUGCUGUAGACAAUUUGAAUGGAAUCAAGAUCUUGGGUCGCACUGUGAGAGUAGACCACUGUGAGUCUUACCGAGCACCAAAUGCUGACAUGAGUAAAGUUGAUGAUGUGACCGCUGUCCUGCGACAGGAAGGAUGUGCUCCUGCGGUACCAAAAGCUGAACCAGUGACAAUAAAACAAGAACCAGUGAAGGAAAAGAAGGAAAAAGUAAAAAAGAGUAAAAAGAAGAAAAAGAAAAGAAGUAGAAGUUCUGAUUCUAGUGACUAGAUGAUUGAAGACUAAUUUAAAGAAUUUCAUUUUCACUUCACACAACAUACUUGAAAAAUACUAUAACAAGAGAUCAAUCUUAUUAAAAAGAUUAAAUUUAAUACAUUUCAAAAAUGAAUGUAACAACAUUACUUUGCUCUACUUAUUGGAAAGACAAGUCUCAUAAGGCAUUUUUUGUAUGAACAAUUCACUUUAAGUUUUAUUAAAUACUGCUUUGAUGCCA